UUUACUGUUUACAGGCUGACAAGUGAACAAUACAAUCUUAUACAUAAUACUGUUAUUCCUACUGCAUUAAACUAUUGGGGUGAAGCGCUGAAAGUACGCCGAUCAGAGCAUAUAAUCAGACUUAACAGAAAAUGCCGGGAAAAUCAAGUUUUUUACAAGCAAGAAUCUAAGCAUCCAUUCUGUAAGGUAUCUUGUGAGGAGGACACUAUGUGCGGCGAGGUUAGAGUUCCAAACGAGCAUCUUGAGUCUUGUAGGGUGUGCAAUGCAUUUGGUCAAAACUGCGGUAUUGUCGAAGACAGUAAACCUGGAGAGGGAAUAAGGGAUGCUGAUUUUCUUUUUUAUAUUUCCGCUAUGGAGACGGAACGAUGUCAGAAAGGAAUGACAGUAGCGUAUGCUGCUCAUUGUCAACAGGAAGCUGUUCUAGACAGGCCGAUAGCCGGGCACGCUAACCUCUGUCCUAGUUCUAUCUCCUUGAAGGCCCAGGAGCUUGAUAUCCUCCUCUCUACCGUUAAACACGAGAUGCUUCACGCCCUCGGGUUCUCCGUCUCCUUGUUCGCCUUCUUCAGGGACUCCCAGGGGAACCCCCUCACCCCCAGGGGGGAUAACGGCAAGCCUAAGCUCAACGAGGAAUUACAGACUCGGCAGUGGAGUGAACAGACAAUCAGGAAGGAAGUUAGAUCUAAGUUUGUCCGUGGCGGAAUCUAUAAUAAAACAGUAGAUGUCGUCGUUACACCUAGAGUCAGAGAGGAGGUACAGAAACAUUUUGGUUGUUCCUCUAUAACUGGAGCUGAGCUUGAAGAUCAAGGGGAGGAAGGAACUGCUUUAACUCACUGGGAGAAGAGAUUGUUUGAAAAUGAAGCAAUGACAGGGACUCAUACUCAGAACCCUAUUUACUCCAGGAUAACCAUGGCUCUGAUGGAAGACACUGGUUGGUAUUUACCCAACUAUGAGAUGGCGGAGGAGCUGAAGUGGGGGGCAGGGCUCGGCUGUGAUUUUGCUCUUAAGAGCUGUAAGGAGUGGAUGGAUUCCAGACAGAGAGCCGGGAAGAGUAUUCAUCCGUACUGUAACAAGGUUAAGCGUGACCCCCUUGAGACUGAAUGUACAGAUGACCGGAGUAGUGUUGCUCUGUGUAAUCUGGUAAACCAUGGUAACGAGUUACCGCCACAUCUUCAAAACUUUGACAGAAUACCGCAUGUGAACAUCUCUGAUGUCGGCUACUACGGAGGGUCAGUUGGGCUAGCAGACUACUGUCCUUAUAUACAGGAGUUCACCUGGCGAAGUAACAACGUAGUUGUGCGUGGUAGUCACUGUAUGUACGAGGAGAACCAACCAAGCGACGAGAGGAACUUUGCCCUGGAGAAGUAUGGCGAGGGAGCAAAAUGUUUUGACCACAGCAAAGAUAUGUGGGAGGAGAGGUCAUGUGGACAGGUUCGUCAAUGGCAGCACUGGGGGAGCGGAUGCUACGCAUAUUCCUGCUCUGAAGGUCGUCUUAAUAUCAAGGUGAUGAACAAGACCUUCACCUGCUUUAAGAAGAACCAGGAGCUAACUGUAAAACUACUCUCUGAGUCCUGGCUUCAUACAGGCAGUCUAGUGUGCCCAGCAUGCCAGGAUAUAUGCAAUAAGGAAACAUGCUUGCCUGACAUUGAACCUCCUCGGUUUUAUCAAUAUCCAAGACACGAGCUGACCUGCGGAGCAUUCAACCUUAUAUCUUCAACCUUCCUCAUCAUACUUGCUCUUGGAGCAAUAUUCUAAACCUGUUCUUGUUCUUGGAGAAUUCUUUAAAAUCUUCCCUUGCUCUUGGUGCAACAUUUUUAACCUAUCCUAGCUCUUGAAGAAUUCUUUUAAACCUUUCAUUGCUCUUCGGCCCAUCUUUUAAACCCUAUCAUGCUCUUGGAUCAAUAGAUAAUAAUUUUCCUUGCUCUAAAGUUCCAAUUGUAGCAAAGUUUAUUUUUUUUUUAUAUGCUCAUCCCGUAAUUGCUCCUCAAUUUUGUCCUAAAUAUUGUGAAAAUAUUUAUGCUUUAUUCUUAAAUUGUUGUAAAAUUCAAACUAUCAAGCUUAAUCUAUUGUGCUCUUAACUAUAUAAUAUGCUAGUCAAAUGUAAUCAACUGUAUACUCAUUAAAUGGUUGUAUUUAUACUUUAAAUAUUCUGUGAGUUGUAUAAUCUAUGUUGUAAACAAGCAUUCAUAUUUGUGAUUGUAAAAAACGUCUAUUUCUUGGACGGAAUUGGGGGACUAUCAUUACCACCCUCCCCCCUCGGGGUACUGUUUUGCUCCCUCCAGAUUAAAAUAAAACAUUAUUUGGUUUGAUACUGGAUAAUGACGAACACAAUACAGCGUAUUUAAAUCGUCUGAAAUAAUAAAUAUAUUUGCUUCCC